CCGUGUUUCCCUACCUGUGUGUUUUCACCCUCGCGAAAUGCGGCUGCCACUCGCUGCCGAAGAAACGUCCCUAAAUCUCGGUUUUUCUUGGUCUCGUCCCGUGGCCAUUCCUCGCACAGUUUGAGGAAGCGACGGUAUCGAGUGGCCGACAUCGUCACGCGUACGCCGUGUACACGCCGAUUGAAUAAUGACGCGAUGUCGUUCCUUCUCGAGCCUCGUCGCUCGCCGUCGUGAAUUAUGGAACCGCUACUUCCGGUUGGUUCAUCCUCGUUGCGGAGCGUCUUUCACCGGGAACGCUUGUUAGCAUCAUGAGAGGAACUGGGGCCAAAAAGAGCUCGCCCGGCUCGUCGAGCGUGACGGAUUGGAUCAGUUCGGCGUGCAGGUUCGCAACAGACAGAAAUGAUUUCAGAAGGAAUCUUCUGGUCAACCUGGGGUUGUUUGCAGCUGGUGUUUGGAUUGCGAGAAAUCUCUCCGAUUUUGACUUGAUGGCGCCUCAGCCUGUCACGUAACUGUUGUCACAUCCUGGCCGAUGGGGUCUUGGACUAUGAAAUAAUCAAAGGAUGUGAAGAUAUUUGUGUGUGUGUGAAUCUUAGUUUGAAACGUGUCCUUUCUUUAAUAAUCAUGACAGUCUUUUUUUUUUUAUUUUUGCUUGACAGAUUUGAGAUCAUGAAGCAUCCUCUCGUUGCUUAGAUUGUAAAGUUCUUCAAUUGUGAAGAAACAUUAUCAUAACAA